AUGGAUGGAUGGUUAGGAGAAAAAGUAGCUCCAAUGUCAGGUAGAAAACAAUACAGUUAUGCUAUUUUAGAACCAGAUGGGGACGACGAUAUGAGGGUGUUCACAAGGUCGAUAAUUCAUUCUGAUUUGCGGCGUUUGGAUCAGGAUGUUAUCUUCUUCAUCAUCAUCAGCUUUAAAAUCCCUGGGUUGUUCAUAGAGAAACUAAGACGUCCUUCAGGUCCUCCUGAUGAUCCAGAAUUUGAAUUUCCUUUUAUCUUCCUUAACAAUGAUAAUGAUGAUGAUGCUACUACCGGUGGCGGAGGAGUCCCCCUAAAAACCCUAGAUUUUGUGGAAGUGCCUCCGCGAAAUUGGGAAGGUCCUAUUGCUGAAACUAGCUUAAGAAUAGAACAUUCUUGUAAUGGUCUAUUAUGUUGCACUAGGAUAACAUCUCAGAUGGCCAAGGAGCCGCGUAUCGUAAUCCACCACAUUUACAUUUACAAUCCAACCACAAAACGAUACAAAGCUCUUCCUCGAUCCCCCUUUAGAGAUGUCGUCAAAGAUUAUUGGAAUGGAGUUAAAAGUGUAUCUUUAGCUUUUGAUCCAAUCAAGUCUCCAGAUCACUAUCAGGUUAUCUGCAUCUGGGUAGAUAUAGGGAAGUUUGAAGAACAUGAUCUUUAUUAUAUCGAAAUAUACUCCUCUAAAACAAACUCAUGGAGGUUAUCUGCGGAGAGUCCUUUUUCAGCACGUCCUCUCAGUUCCUCUAGGGCGCCAGGUGUGUUAUGGAACUGUUUCCUUAGGCCAGGUGUGUUUUGGAAUGGUUGUUUGCAUUGGAUCUCGAUAUUCUCGACCAUGGAAGAUGAAGCGUCAGUGUAUUUUGAUAUUGAACAAGAUUUAGUAAAGCCGCUGCCGUUGCCAGCUGUGCCUAAUGAUGAUGUGUGGAAUUUUAAAUAUAUUGGAGAGUGUAGAAAUCAUUUGUAUCUUGUAGGGAUUAUUGGAUCAUGUCCUGAUAAUUACAGCAUCUUCGAAAUGGAGAAAGAUUACAGUGGGUGGAAUCUUAUAUACAAGCUCGACCUAGAAAGAAUUAUAAAUGCAUACCACCUAGACACGGUAACGCAUUAUAACAAUACCAUGGAUUAUUAUGUGUGGGUAAUGUUUCUUGGGGAAGCCGAAGAGAAAUCAUCAACAAAAUUGGUGCUGUUGAUAAACGCUACUCAACUUAUAUCCUAUGAUCUGAAAGAGAUGAGCUAUAGGGAGAUCUAUCAUUUCGAUCCAAAAACUCUCACCAUGACUCCAGGUCAGGCUCACGGGCCCUUGUUUUGUGUCAUGCAAUCAGUUCUGCAAUGA